CGGAGGCCUUUUGUCUCGUGCGCUGCUGCUCCCCCGGAACGAGAGCCUGGGACUUAUUGCGGGUGUCGGGGCUCAAGAAAUCUCACGCCCCCCGUGCUUUGUGCUCCGGCCCUCCCUUCGUCCUUCCAGGCAGCCCUGCCUCUCUCCCCGCACUCGCGCUAUGCCCGCAGCUUUCGCCCUGCUUCCCAAUGGACAACAAACCCACCGUUCUGCCUGAAGUCUCUUGAAAUUCCCUGAUAAGCCCAUCAUCCUUGUCAGAGCCCGCGCCUUGCCGGGUGCGAUGUCAAGGCCAUGGAGGCCGAUUGGGAUGAACUGUCGCGCAUUCCGGUGCCUGCUCCGAGCGUGCAUGCUAUGCCGACAAUCGCCACCGCAAUAGCCUUUGAUGAUGUGAUGGAACUGUUGUGGGCCGGGAAUGAAUAUGGACGAAUUACCUCCUUCUGCGGCCCCGAACUACAAAGGUAUACCUCUGUCCGGGCUCAUCCGGCGACUGAGGCGGUACGGCAGAUUAUAUUCCAUGAAAGGGGCGUCAUUUCGCUCUCGCCGAAAAGUGUACAUAUGAUAACGCGGCGGGGGCUGACGCAAUGGCACAUCGCCCACGAGGAAAUGACUGAUCUUCGCUGCAUGAGCUUCACGGCCCAAACGAACAGGAUUAUAGUGGCAGGGUGUCAGAAGGUUAUGUUUACGAUCGAUAUUGAUAAGGGGGUUAUUGUCGACAAGUUGGGGACUGAGUACAAUUAUACAAUGAUGAAGAAAAGCCGAUAUCUCUGCGCGGCGACAGAUACGGGAUCGGUCAACGCGUUAAGUCUGAAUGACUUCAGUGUGGUGAAAUCGUGGAAAGCACACGGAACGGCGGUUAAUGAUAUGGAUGCUCGGAAUGAUCUUCUGGUUACCUGCGGCUUUUCUGUCAGACAUCUAGGCGCCCCGAUCGUGGAUCCUUUAGCCAAUGUCUACGACCUGAAGACCCUCUCGCCAUUACCCCCGAUACCAUUCCACGCGGGAGCUGCGUAUGUACGGAUGCAUCCGAAGCUGCACACGACGAGCUUUGUUGCGUCUCAAACAGGUCAGCUCCAAGUGGUGGACCUAAUGAAUCCCAAUGCGAUCAAUCUUCGUCAAGCGAACGUUUCAUUCAUGCUUGGCAUUGAUCUGUCACCAUCUGGAGAAGCUCUAGCUAUUAACGAUGCGGAAUGUGCGAUCCAUCUCUGGGGAUCACCAGCGAAAGUUCACUUCAAUGAACUGAGCAAGGAAGCCGAAUUCGCCGAUGUAGCUCCCCGCCCCCCGACCUUUGAUUGGUCUGCAGAUACGCCUUUGAGCAUGGUCGGCAUGCCAUAUUAUCACGAACGUCUUUUUUCUGCAUGGCCAAGUCACCUUGUUUUCGAGGUCGGCAGUCCGCCAGCCCAAGUGGACCAGGCCCUCAUUCCCUAUCUCCGUCCCGCAGAGAUGGGCCAUCAUGCGCCGAAUCCCAAGAAAACACGACGCUAUCAGGUCGAGAAUACUCGCGCUUUGGCUUCCGCAGAACCUGCUCUUAUUGCCCCCAAGUUUCUUAGUGAAAAGGCUAGGGAACAGAACAAGGCGAAGUCCGAAGGAGCCAUCAUUGAUGCUGUCGAGGCACUGGCAGGUGCGAAGAUCAACGGGGAAACAGAGGAUGACCCUCUACUCAAAUACAGCAAUGUAGAGAUCAAGUACAGUAGAUUUGGUGUCGAUGAUUUCGACUUCAGGUUCUACAACCAGACUACCUUUUCCGGACUGGAGACACACAUCGCGAACUCCUUUACCAAUGCCCUCCUUCAACUCUUCAAGUUUAUCCCAUACAUCCGCAACGUCGCUCUCCAGCACGCCGCCAGUUCUUGUAUAUUCGAGAAUUGUUUGCUCUGCGAGAUGGGCUACCUUUUCGAUAUGCUCGAGAAAGCAAAUGGCCAGAAUUGCCAGGCGACAAACCUCCUCAAGACUUUUAGCAGUUACCGUGAAGCGUCCAAUCUGGGCCUAUUCGAAGAGAAUCUUACGAAUAAGUCGCUUUCAGCCGCGAUUCAGGCUGUUAACCGAUUUUUUCUGGGCCAGAUCUCACACGACUUCCGCAUGAUUUCGCCAAGUUCAGAUGAUCUCGAUCACAAGUUAGCAACGGUCGCUUCCGAAUCCAUUCGGUGCAUGUUCUGCCAGAAUGAGAUUGUGAGACCGGGCAACUCCCUCGUCAACGAGUUGAAUUAUCCUGCGAUUGAUAUCAAGCAAGCUCGAAGAAAUCCUGCUUUCCGGUUUUCGAAUAUUUUACGAUCAAGUAUAGAGCGAGAGACACAGAACAGAGGAUGGUGCAACUACUGUCGACGAUACCAGCAAGUUGCAAUCCGAAAAUCGGUACACCGCAUGCCUCAUGUUCUGAUACUCAAUGCGGCUCUGAGUAAUCCUCUUUGCCGGCGGCUUUGGGCUAUUCCUGGAUGGUUGCCGGAAGAAGUUGGCAUUGCCAUUGAUGGUGGCCAAAUAUCAUGCUUCGAGGGAGAAGAGCUCAAGAUGCGAAUCCAGGCUAAGAUGCCCGGGCUGGUUAUAUACGAACUGGUCGGUUUGGUCUGUGAAAUCGAUAUCCCAGAGCAUCAGAAGGCUCACCUGGUUUCGUUCAUCAAUGUCUCCAUCUCCUCUCGGGAACCGGAGACGAAGAAUAAGUGGCAUCUGUUUAACGACUUUCUUGUUACAGAGGUGGAUAAGGAUGAAGCUCUUCGCUUUAAUCAACCAUGGAAAUUACCAUGUGUGGUAGCCUUUCAGGUGAGAGAUGGUCGGCAUGCUAUGGAUGACACCUGGAAGAGCGCACUUGAUACCACUCUGUUAUUCCGUGACUGGUCACUGAAUGGUGGCCGUCCCGUGGAAUCACGCGCCACACUCACUGAAGAUGAGAAACCGACACCCGGUACACCGGUUGCUCUCGAUACCGAGUUUGUGGAUCUUGAAAAAGCAGAAAUCGAUGUGAAGGCAGAUGGCUCCCAGGAGAUCGUACGGCCAAGCAAGAGUGGGCUCGCCAGAGUAUCUGUCCUCAGGGGCUCGGGACUCCGAGAAGGUGUUCCCUUCAUCGACGACUACAUCACCAUCAAGGAGACGAUCGUCGACUAUGUCACUCAGUACUCGGGCAUCAAGCCUGGGGAUCUGGAUCCCAGAACCAGUCAGCACAACCUUGUUCCACUCAAGGUGGCAUACAAGAAGCUCUGGCUGCUUCUCAACCUAGGGUGCGUGUUUGUCGGACAUGGCUUGGCCUCUGAUUUCCGCAAGGUCAAUAUCCAAGUACCCAAAAGCCAAACUGUGGAUACCCAGUACCUGUUCUUCCAUCCCGGCAAAAACCGCCGACUGAGUCUUCGAUAUCUGGCGUGGGCGGUGUUCAAGGAAUACAUCCAAGAAGAGCCGGCCGAGGACAACCAAGGACACGACUCCAUUGAAGAUGCGCGCAUGGCGCUACGACUUUGGAAGAAAUUCAAAGAAUACAAAGACGCAGGCAUUGUGUCUCAAAUGCUGGAAGAGAUCUUCCGCGAAGGAUCCAAGCUUGGAUUCCGACCACCCCCGAGGAACGGUAUCCCCACCGUCCUUUCUCGUCCUGGCACGGCGGUCACGAUGCAGAACAACAGCGGUCGUAACACUCCCAGCACGGCCGAUGUAGCGGGCGCCGCAGCCAGCGCCCCGGCGACCCCGAGGCAAGCGUUCCGACGCUCCAUCGCUCUGACUCCCAGCAACGGCAGCUUUGCCGGGCCCGGAGCGGGUGACUUCUUCAGCGGAAGCCCGUUGAAGUGAAUAUCCUCGCAAUUUCAAUGCGAAUUUGAUGACCUCUUUUACGAUGCUACCGACUUGCUUAUACUCUAGGUUCUGAGAGGCCCGCGAUAGAGGCGGCAUUUGGAAGUACUGUCAUAAUUGGCUAUACAUGAAGGAUUUGGGAAUAAGGAUAUAUAUUGCUCAAGAGAUAGAAAAUACCAUC